AUUCUAUUUAUGAUAGAUGAGUAUCCGUUAUGAAGGACUGCGCAUGUAAGAACCCAUUUAAUCAACAUGCCGCCUGAACUGCUCCACCCCGUCGCUUCAGCGCUUCGAAUACUCUUCAUAACUCUAGAGUUCAGGGCCGGGACAUUCAGCGGCAACGGCGUGUACGCCUGCGCGCAGGUGCGAGCGCUCGCUGCGGCGGGCCACAAGGUGUUCGUCGUGAGCGCGGCGCCGGCGCACGCGGUCAAACCCGAGGACGACCUGGGCGCAUACCGCAUCGUUGAGGUUCCCGUCAGCUCCUGGCACCGACUGGACGCGGGAGCGCCCUGGCGCGAGUUCGCGGCGGGCGCCAGCGACAGCGCUGUGGCCGCCGCCGUGGCCGCCUUCGCGCCACACUACGUGUACGGCGUGGAUUGGAGCGCCCUGGCUGCCGUACGCGCCCUGGCACCGUACACUGGCGGGGCGCCGUACGUGUACCUCAACUACCGCGUGUUCUGCCGUACGGCGGCGGCGGAUGACCUGGAGCUGGUCCGCGGUCUGGAGUCUGCCGCCAUGUCUGAGGCGCUGCUGACAGUGGCGCUCAGCCGCUCAGACGCGGACUAUCUGGUCACGCACGUGGCACCAGCGGCGGCCGCGGCAGCGGCAGCGAUGGCAGCUGCGGAGGACGCGGCGGGCGCAGUUCCAGCGGCAGGGUCAGCGGGUUCAGCCGAGGCGUCCGGCACAGGGGUGAAGGAGGCGGCGGCGGGGCCGCAGGUACAUGUGAAUGGGGCGCGGCGGCAGCAGCUGGUAGACAGUGCACGCCACGCAGCCGCCGCCCACAUAAACGGGAACGGCGUGCACAAGGCGUCUGCGGCGUCGCCAGCAAACGGGUGUGGCGCGGCAUACACAGUGGCAGCCGCUGGCGCUGGGACUUGUGCGGCGCCGUAUGCCUCCGCGUCACAGCAGCGGCCCAAGGUGCUACUGCCGGCGCUGCGGGAAGACGUGCGGCAGCUACAGCCGCCUCCGGCCCUACAGCGGCUGGCGGAGGCGCUGUCGGCGCCGCCUGCAGCGGCAGUAGCAGGUCAGCAGGAGGAGGCGACGCGGCGGCAGCAGCAGCACAGCCUGGAGGAGGAGGAGCUGGCGGCGGCGACGGCGGCUGCGGAGGCGGAGGUGGCGGCGCGGCCCUACCUGGCGUGUGUGGUCCGGCUGUCACCGGAGAAGGAGCCGGAGCGGUUCGUGGAGGUGGUCGAGGUAUUGGCUGCGCGGGGUCUGCUGCAGCGGCUGGGGGUUCGGCCGCUGCUGCUGGGUGCAGCCAACGACGAGUACGCGCAGGCGCUCAAGUCACGGCUGCGCGCCGCCGCGCCCGACUGCCUCAUCCUGGAGUCCUUUGUGGGCCCCGCCCAGCUGUCUGACCUGUACCGCAGCACCCGUCUCAACUUCCACCCCGCCACCUACGAUGCGUACGGCAUGACCAUCGUGGAGGCGGCGUCGCAGGGGGCGCCGUCGGUGGUCCACGACGGCGAUGGAGCCGUGGGCGCAACGGACCUGCUGCGCGGCAGAGCCGCCGCCGCCGCCGCCGCUAACGCCUCGAGUGGCACCAGCACUACUGGCAGUGGCGGUGGGAGCGGCGAGGAGGUGUUUCUGCUUGACCUGAGGGCGCCAGCGGAGGAAGUGGCGGCGGCGGUGGCGGCGCUGUGGGGCGAUGUGCCCAAGCUGGCGGCGGUGGCGGCACGGGCGCUGGCUCGGGCUCGGUCGUGGGACGAGGCCGCCAAUGCGGCGCGGCUGGUGGGGCUGGUGGCGGAGGCGGCGCAGGCGGCAGGGGUGGCUGGUGGGAAGGGGGAGGGUGGGAGAGGGCAGGGCGAGGUGGGCAGCAGUGUCGGGCGGGAUAGUAAGAGCGUGCGAGCGUGCGGCGGUUGUAGUGCUUGAUGAUGAGAGACCUGCAGUGUAAGAAUGCUAGAACUUAACGUCGGACAUGUGAAAGCAGUGUGACGGUGUGCAGCGGUGUAUGUGUAUACGGUAGGACUUGCAAGCACGAGCGUGGACGAGGGCGGGGUGAUACCGGUGUCGUAGAAAACUCUGCCUUUCAGGGGCUCGCCCCACAAAUGCAUGGUCAACGGCAAGAUCAGCGAAGGAGGUUGGGCAGGCGAGGGCGGAGCGGGAUCCCGAGUGCGCUGGGCGCGUCGGCGUGCCGUGGGGUCACGCGGAAUGGGAUAUCCCUGACUCCGAGUGAGACUUGACUGCGAUGCAGGGGUCCCUGGCGCCCCUCGCCAAAGUGCAAAGUGCUAUCAAGAA